ACAAAUAAUUAGAAUUAACAGAUCUCUGAAGCACAUCAGUCGCCUUCAGACUUCACAGAAGUUUCCGUCGGGGCUCGAACUGUUGUGCACUCUUAUUUAGGACUCUUGUGUGGUUGUUAAACAAACCUCAUUUUCUCUACAAAGAAUGUUGUUUUCAAGUGAUGAAGAGGAAUGUUGUAUUACUACGAUUGAAAAAAGACCUUCCAAAUAUGAGCAAAAGGAUGAUUUAUCGGACAUCGUUCUGGUAGUAGAGGACAAGAAGCUUCACGUCAAUAAAGCCUUGUUGAUGAUACAUUCCAAUGUGUUUAAGACAAUGUUCACCGGAUCCUUCAUUGAAAAGGAUUUACAAGAGAUUAAACUUCCAGGAAAGAAAGUGGAUUUAAUGGUGGAACUAUUGGACCAUAUCCAUCCCGGGUGCACUACUGAAAAAUUUCACGCUGAAACUCUACGUGAACUUCUCCAACUCGCCGAUGAGUAUGGUGUCCAGCAGGUUUUUCACAACUGCCGAGUAUACUUCGACAGACGCAUAAAUUGCAAGCAUCAAGACAUGAAGAUUGAUGAAAUUUUACUCUUCCUUGGGAUAGUCGAAGAGUGGAGCAACGAAUACGAUCAACUACGUUCGUUCAGAUUUGAUUUAAUUAGAAAGGCAAGUAGAGUAGAAAUUGGUCUUGUGAUAGAAAGCAAAUAUUAUUCUUCUCUACCUGCUACAACUCAAAGAGACAUCAUCAUGCGUCGUCUUGAGAGAGUCGAAAGAAUUUAAGAAGUAUAAGACCUAGAGUUAAACAAUUGGCUAGUAGGAUUGAAACUACUGAUGGCUUUUCAUUGUAAUCCUUUGUGAUGAGCUUUUGUGUCAGACACAUCUUAUAACACCCACAUAAGGUUUUCUGUGAAACAUUUAGGACGAUUCAGAGUUCUGUGAGUCCAUCUCAGGAUUGAUGAUAAUUACUUUUGUAACAAGAUCAUAAAAUAAAACACAAAAGUUAUAUCGGACAUUCCUAUAAUAAACGAUAGCACAUGUUGGACAAUAUUUUAUAGUAACUGAAACUAUUUUGAUACUAAAUAUAAUUUGAAAUUUCAUCUUGAGAUUCUGUGUAUCGUCAGUUUAUAGAUAAACAGAUUUUGCUCAGUUUACAUCCAAGGAACCUACUCUUGCAGAGCACACUACACUUAGUAACUGAAUUUCUAGCCAAAUACUUUUUUAUUAACAUUUUUCCCAAACUGUCUGCUACUCAGUAUUUAGUAGCAUUGCGAGUUCAAAUCGCCAACUAUUAUGUUGCACUAACACUAAAUCUUAAGGAAGAUAGUGUUUAUAUGAGUAGUUUGUAGUGGAAGUGAUCAAAGCGAUGUGUAACUAUAUCUGAGAGUAAUAUACCGCAAGUAACCCAUAAGUAAGUUUACAUUUGUUUUCAUUCUCAUCCAUUCAAAAAGCAAAUAAAGGUAUAUACUUAACUUG